UUAGUGAGUAGUCAGUCAGCCGCUAGUCGUUGUUUGUAGCUUCAGUUGAUGUCAUGUGGCAAGGAUCUAAUACUCUCCAGCACCGCUUCAAUAACGUCCUGCGGGAGCUGGAACAGAAGAAGCCGCAGCUGGACGAACUUGUCCACACGGCUGAGAACCUCAAAGCGGACUCCAACCGCCAGCAACUACACGGGAAAGUUACAAAAUUGCGUGAACACUGGGACGAGACAAAUUCCAAGGUGAUGCAGAGGAAGACUCAGUUGGACGCCAUGCUAACGGAUAGUCAGCGCUACGAGAGCAAGCGGCAGGAGGUGGAAGCUUGGCUGAGUCGAAUGGAGAUGCGACUCGAACGCAUGGGAUCUGUGGGACACACCGCCGACGUGUUGGAGGCACAACUACGGGAACAAAAGUCAUAUCAUGCAGAACUGCACCAGUACAAACACCAUAUUGAAUUAUUCAAUCAACUCACUCAGAAGUUAAUUGCUGUCUACCAACAAGAUGACACCACCAGGGUAAAGAAGAUGACGGAAACAAUCAAUCAGCGCUACAACAACCUAAACACAAGCAUUAUCCUUCGAGGAAAGCUGCUUCACUCAGCGAUGAACUCCCUGCACAACUUUGACCGGUCGUUAGACAAGUUCCUUGCAUGGCUGUCUGAAGCUGAAUCUUCGAUGGAGUGUGUGGAAGCGGAGACUGAUCGACUUGGAGGACGGAGAGACCCUGGUCUCCUGCGACAGCCCCUUCAUCAGCUCAAG